AUGGGAACUGCCGUGUCCAAAAGGAAGAAUUUAAGAAACGAUGCGAUAUCUUCUGUGGCAGCAAAAGUUAGAGCAGCACGAGCAUUUGGAGAGUACCUGUCCCACACACACCCUGAAAACCGAAACGGAUCAGCUCAUCUUCUGUGUGAAACCUUGGCGGGUCCUGACCCGGAGUCACCAAGUGACACGGUUGGCCCCAACAACAACAACAACCACCUUCAUCCGUGCUCCAACAACACUAAGGGCUCUGAGGACAACCCGGAGCCCGGCCUGGUGAAAUCCCAGUUGGGCUUACUCCAGCCACCUCCCCCUGCCAUCACCAUUUCUACUAAGCCAGCACGGUUGUCCCUUGAGCGCAGCUUCUCAGCGGAGGAAGACAAACAAAAGUGUGUUGAGUGCACCCUGCAGCCCGCCCGCGUGUACACCAUCACCACCCAGCACGGUAUGCUGAUGAGUGGUGGCCGAGGCAGCAAGGAGAGCCUAGAACUGGACGUCCUCAAGGAGAAGUCGGGGACUACCUUGAUCCAACCCUCCACUUCCCCUUCCUCCACCUCAUCGUCUCCAACCCAGUACCACCACAGCGGCGGCCGUGGCACCAGCCACCACCACAGUAACCACCACCACCACCACUCUGUCAUGGGCACCAAUGCACCUUCAGGCAGUGGAGGGAGUAGCGGCGCAAGUGGAAGCAGCAGCUCCCACCAUACAUCACACCACCACUCUCACCACCACCUGUCUCACGUCCCACUGCAGACUUCCGUCAGUGCCCACAACAUCCGCGGCUGGGGUGAGGGUGGAAAAGGAGAGGCAGAGUGCAGUGGGCUGGCCUGUGACGCAUGCAGCGGCGCCCCUUCACGGAGCCAAGGCUCCCUGGACCUCGAGAGCACAUCUCGAGAGGCAGGCAAGCAGCACCGACGCCUAGAGCAGAUGUGCAGUGUGGACCGGGUGACUGGGCUGGAGAGAGAGGACACCAACUGGUUCCCCAAGGAAAAUAUGUUCUCCUUUCAAACUGCCACCACAACCAUGCAAGCGUGAGUGGCUUUCCGGGGAUUUGUUCGGAGAAAGAGGAGAGAGAGAGAGCAGGAUUCGGCAGAAGUCAUCCAGAGGAACUUCCGGAAGCAUCUUCGGAUGGUGGGCAGCAGAAGGAUUAAAGCACAGACAUUCGCUGAAUGUAGAUCGAAGAGUUUCAGCCGUUCCUGGAGUGACCCCACCCCUGUCAAGCCUGACUCUCCUCAUGAACCCAGAGACAGUGGAGACCUGCAGGCUUCCUGUGGUACUCUUGAUGACGGUGGCCUCGAUGACACUAGACUAGACUGGGAGGAGGAGAGAGAGAUGGAGAGGCUGGCCUGUGAGGGAGACGACUUUGUACCUCCCAAAAUCAUGCUGAUCUCCUCUAAGGUCCCCAAGGCAGAGUACGUUCCCACCAUACUCCGCAGGGAUGACCCCUCCAUCAUCCCUAUACUCUAUGACCAUGAACACGCAACUUUUGAUGAUAUUUUGGAGGAAAUAGAGAAGAAGCUCACAGCUUACAGGAGAGGGUGCAAGUUCUGGAGGAUGCUCAUCUUUUGUCAGGGAGGUCCAGGUCAUCUGUACCUACUGAAGAACAAAGUGGCGACCUUUGCUAAGGUGGAAAAGGAGGAGGACAUGAGCCAGUUCUGGAGGAGGCUCAGCCGCUUCAUGAGUAAAGUCAACCCAGAACCCAACCUCAUCCACAUAAUGGGAUGUUACGUCCUGGGCAACCCCAAUGGAGAGAAGCUGUUUCAGAAACUGAAGAAUCUGAUGAGGCCUUAUUCUGUUGAGUUCGAGUCACCGUUGGAGCUGUCCGCACAGGGCAAAGAGAUGAUUGAGAUGUACUUCGACUUCCGCCUAUACCGACUUUGGAAGACACGCCAGCACUCCAAACUCUUGGACUAUGAGGAUUUUUUGUGA